AUGGUUAGAAUUUAUUUACGUCCCGAUCAACUCGAAAUUCAGAAAACUUCUAGAAAUGAACCAGAUAUAACAGGAGAAGAGCUCAUUUUAUUUGAUUUACAAGGUGAUAUUAAAACUAUUGGAGAUCCGAAAGGUUCAAAAAUUGGAACAUUGACAUUUGAUAAUGGUGUCCCAAUUCUUCAAGUUGGUCAUUGGUAUAUCAUGGGAAAAAUUGCAGAAUUAGAAAAACCUAUAAUGGUUAUUAAAAAACGUGAAAAGGAUUCUUCCACUUACAUGUCCGAUUCUCCAGGAAGGAGAGGAGAAUCAUUAAUUGCAGAAAAACUAGAGGAUCUGAAUAUUGUAGAUUCACACGAAACUAUUGAGUAUGACAUAGUUCAUAUAUUUAAAAAAGCCUACAUGUUUACAGCUAGACCUAUACCUAUGAUGAUGGAUAAUGUUUCAACCUAA